CCCCCUGCGCGCGGCGCGCUCGCUCCAACCGUCCUAACGGAACCGCCUCGCGCCGGACCCGCGGGUGCGUCACUUCCGGCUUCUGCUGCCCGGCUCGCACCUCCUUCCCCCACUCCCCGGCUGCAGAAUGACGCCCACGUUUCGCUCCAGCUGAUCCCAGUCUCCCAUGGGACAGGGAAGGGAAAUGGCUGCAGAGGAGCCAGUCCAGGGGCCGGUGACCUUCGAGGAGGUGGCUGUGUAUUUCACCAGGGAAGAAUGGGCUCUGCUGGACCCCACUCAGAGAGCCCUCUACAGGGGUGUCAUGCAGGAGAACUACGUGAAUGUGACCUCGCUGGAUUCACCAUGUGGAUUGGGAAACAGCCCAGAGAUCUUCCCCUCUGGUAGAAGCCACAGUCCAGGUCAAUUCCUCCUGUGUUUGAUCAGGAGUUGGGAGGUUUGGGGGGAACCCGGGCCUGCCCUCUACUCCAGGUUCCAGCCCAGGGCCCUGUGGACUGCAGCUGUCUAGAGUGCCUCCUGGUACAGUUGCACGACACCUACAACUCCCUGGGCUACUUCCCCAUGGCCUCCUCCAAACACCUUUAUCCUCACCACAGGACCUUCCUCCUGGUGUCUGAUAAUGCUUGUGCUUCUCAGUCUUCCAACAAUAGGUCUUCUCGCUCUCAGCUCCUUGUG